AUGAGGUUCGUCGACUUGGCCAUUGACGUUGCAGCAUUGCUCAGCGCCUCGCGAUCCGUUGCUGCGAAGCAUGUAGCCCUGCGAACUCGACAGCUCGAUGCAUACAGCAAGACGUCGAUUUUAACCUCCAAAUGGCGGGACGCAAAGCCCACGACCAAGGCAUCAGCUGCUACACCUCAAGCAGAAAGCGAUACCCAGGCAGAAGAUAGACACAACGCUGCGGAGCGACCGGCCGAAACUAGGCCACAAGAUGCAGCGACACCAGGCGAGCUUCGACCGAAAGAUGAAGGGCACGAAGCUGCGGCUGAUAGACGUAGAGGGCCUAGCACUGCUGCUUCGGGGUAUGCAGAGGCAGUCAAACAGAGGCAGGAAGCUUUAAGGGCUGCCGCGGAGCAAAAAGAUUUGCCAGACGACGUUGAUGUCAACAUCUUCCACACGACCAGAGGCUCUAGUGUAUUGAGCUCACUACGGAAGAGAGAUGCGGCUGCGAGGAAGCCAGAAUCGGGCGGACCUGCGAAAGAACAUCCCCUUCGACACUGGCCGAGCCCCCCACCUGUAAUACCAGAGGUUGAAAUACCAACAUCUACACACCAAGAGCCAGAAGAAAAUGAUGUUUCCCGCUCUGCUGCAGCUGCAGGGUCACAUCCUGCCCCAGGUGUCCCAUCAAAGCCCGCUUCCGGGCCCGUGCGAAACAAUGAGACGAUAGAACUAGCCAAAGAUCUGGCUGAGACCAGCACCGUCCCAAUCACACCCGCUUAUGCUCUUCGAGAGUCCAAAGUCCCAGCUACACGAUUCAGUCGUCUGUGGAAUUACGGCGGUCUAGCAGCGGGCAUGCUAGGAGGAGCCAUGAGCGAAAGCGUGAGCAGAGCCUUCGGAGGCGGCGGCCAGGGCUCAGUCCUGCUGAGCGGGAAGAACAUGGAACGAAUGGUCGCCAAGCUGUCCCGAAUGAGGGGAGCUGCCCUGAAGCUCGGACAAAUGAUGAGUUUCCAGGACUCAAAAAUGCUCCCGGCUCCCAUCCAAGAGGUGCUGCAGCGCGUGCAAGACAGAGCAGACUACAUGCCGGCUUGGCAGCGCGACAAGGUCCUGGUGAGCAACCUCGGCGAGAAGUGGCGCGAUCUGUUCAGCGAAUUUGAAGAGACGCCCAUCGCCGCCGCAUCCAUCGGCCAAGUCCACAGAGCGACCCUCAAGUCCAGCGGCCAAAAAGUAGCCGUGAAGAUCCAGUUCCCCGGCGUCGCAGACUCCAUAAACUCCGACCUCGACAACCUGGGCAUACUUCUCAACGCCACCAAACUCCUCCCCAAGGGCCUCUACCUCAACAAGACGAUCGACAACGCCCGCCUCGAACUCGGCUGGGAAUGCGACUACGAGCGCGAGGCCCAAUGCGCCCUGCGCUACAGAGACCUUCUCAAGGGCGAAGAAGACGUCUUCCUCGCCCCCAACGUCCACCUAGAAGCCUGCGGCAAGCAAGUCCUCACCAUGGACUUCAUGGACGGCGUGGGCGUCACGCGCGUCAAGUCCUUCACCCAAGAACAGCGCGACUGGAUCGGCACGCAAAUCAUGCGUUUGUGCCUCCGCGAAAUCACAGAGUUCAAAUUCAUGCAGACAGAUCCCAACUGGACGAAUUUCUUGUACAACGCCGAGAACAACAAGCUCGUGCUGUUGGACUUUGGCGCCUCCCGCGAAUACCCCGAGCCGUUUGUCCGGGAAUACGUGCAGCUCCUCGAUGCGGCGUCUCGCUCAGAUCGACCGGCCGUGAAGGACUUAUCCGAGAGCCUGGGCUAUUUGACGGGCCACGAGAGCAGGACUAUGCUCGAGGCACACACGCAGUCUGUGUUGACGCUCGCUGAGCCGUUCAUGCAGUCUGCGCCGGAUGUGUACGAUUUCAAGGACCAAACUAUUACGGAGAGAGUCAAGGCGUUGAUUCCGGUGAUGCUGAAGGAGAGGUUGGCGCCGCCGCCGGAGGAGACAUACAGCUUGCAUCGGAAGUUGAGUGGUGCGUUUUUGCUGUGUGCGAGGCUGGGAAGCAAGGUUCCCUGUAAGGAGAUGUUUGUGGAGGCUGUGAAGAAGUCGGGAUAUGUAAACUAG